AUAGCUAGAAUAGUCUUUAUAAAGACUAAUUAGUUUUCAAAUGCACGUCUUUGUUCCAUCUGCUUUUGUUAUUCAGUUAUUCUUAUGUUAGGUGAUAUGAGAAAAUAGCAGACUUGGAGAAAAAGAGAACUCGAAAUAAUAAUUUAUUCAUGUUACUGUAAUCUUUGAAUUUUAUUAAUGAUGACGAUAUUGGGCAAGAGAGACUUUAUUGGAGUAGCAAUUUAGCAUGAACAAUGAAUCAGGCAUUUUAUUUUUUCUAAAGCAUUAUCUGCACCCACGCAGGGAUACUGCUGGUCAAGAGAGAUUUAGGAGUCUUAUUCCGAGCUACAUUAGAGAUUCUUCUGUUGCUGUGAUUGUAUAUGAUGUUGCCAACCGCCAAUCAUUUCUUAACACUUCAAAGUGGAUUGAGGAAGUACGUACUGAACGUGGCAGUGAUGUCAUUAUUGUUCUUGUUGGGAACAAAACUGAUCUUGUUGAUAAAAGGCAAGUCUCCACAGAAGAAGGAGAUGCUAAGGCUCGUGAAUUUGGAGUAAUGUAUAUAGAAACCAGUGCUAAAGCUGGAUUCAAUAUCAAGCCUCUAUUCCGAAAGAUUGCUGCUGCGUUACCUGGGAUGGAAACACUAUCAUCAACAAAAGGGGAAGAUAUGGUUGAUGUUAAUUUGAAGCCUACCACAAAUACAUCCCAAAAUGAGCAGCAAGGGGGAGGUUGUGCAUGCUAGCUAUAUAGAUUGUACUUGAAAGACGAAGAAAAAGGAUAAAGAAUGUAGACUUUUUCUUCAUGAGGUACAACAACUUGUUAUGACUCCAUCAAAGAGGUAGCUGACGACAGUCUGCUCUACGUGACCAUUAAGGAUUUAUUUGUUAGUGUCAUCGCAUUUUUGUUUAUUUCUUGGUAAAACUCCUUGUGUUUAUAUGUCAUGGUUCCUAGCUAGUUCAUGAACCUUUUGUUUUGGAUAAGUCUCCGAGCUGAAUAUAUAAUGAAUUGCCAUAUGUAUUUUACAUUCAUUUUAGCUUGUUGUACCACCUAUUAUUUAUUGAUACACCACUUAACAUA